AUUGAUAGUUAGCAAAAUUUGACACUCAUAGGUUACAAUAUCUUUGUCAUAGUUUCUUCCAUGCAAGGAGUUCACAAUUACCCAGAGUUUGUCAUGGUUGAUUUGUCCAGAGUACACUACUGCUGCUUUACCAGGUAGAGAAACAGCUAAACAAUCCAGGAACUGGCAGAAAUGGAAGCAUCACAGACUCCCAACUUGUAAUCCACCAAGUUGCUUGAUUUACACUUCUAAAAUAUUUGGUUUACAGCAUGACUUAGCUUCUAUCUUGUGCACUCACAGCAUCUUCCAUCUCAGAAUUCUCUCCCAUGGCUAGCCUCCAAAAGUUCCAGCAUCACACAUACUACAUGACACCUCAGAGAAACCCCAAAAGACCCAAACUUCCAUGCAUGAGCCCCCUUUCUGGUCAGGCUUGGAGCCAACAUGGGACCCCACUGCAAGCCUCUCCUGGUCCAUUCCUUCCUUUUGUCAUCACCAGGUGUUCUGAUUUGCUUCACAUGCUCUUCCCAAAUGCUAUUUUGUUGCAGCACACAAGAGGUUUGCCAAUAGUUUUACCUCUAUUAACAACCCCUGUAAUUUUCAGGUAUCUGGACUGCAUGUGUUGGCUCUCCCAUUGAUUCAUUUGCAUCAGAAUUUGAUGAUGGUACUGUAAUGGCCCCAACAUCUAUCAUUGACAUGGGGUUGGUUAAGAUUCUUGCAAUGGCAUUAAGAAACAGAGGCAUGCAGUAACUACAAAAGAUUAAGAUCAGCCUGGCCUCUGCUUGGUGUAUGGGUUCCCACCUGCUCCCCUUGAAUCCUUUAGGACAAUAAGGAGAGAUUAUAAAGGGGAUAAAUAAAGGCUCUCCAACUUGACAUGAAUCCAGGAUAACUUAUCAGCAUUCUCAAGCAUGCCAGAUCUGAUCCUUGAGGAAGAAAAAGAAGUUUCUCAAGGCUGCCUAUAAAGGGGGCAUGCCAUGGCCCGCCCACAGGCCAAUACAGUGGGAAUGUCUCGAGAAGUUAGAAUACAGUGAGCCUGCCUCGCUUUCCUUUAGUUUAUAUUCUCUCCUCCCUCCACUGCUACCCCCUUCGAGUCUCCACCACUUGUAUGUAUAUUUCCUUCGACCGCCCUUUCCUCCAAAGAAAAGGUGGAACAAGUCCAAGCAACGACAAUGGCUCCAUCAGAGGAACGGGAGGCCAUUGAGGAAGAAGAGGUGUCCCUUUCGCCCUCGGAUCUCCCGGUGGCCGCUGGCAAAGGUGAUGAUGGCGAGUGCAAGUCCAGCGACGCUGAGGACGACUUCGAGUUCCGGAUAUCGGUGGCUGGAGGCCUCCUUUCCCAUGCGGCCGAGACCGACAUGUGCGCGGCCGAUGAAGUGUUCUUCCAGGGCCAGAUUCUUCCACUGCGGCCCUCCGUUGGCUCCGACAGCGGAUUCUUCGUCGCCAGCCGGGCACCGAGCCGGAGCAGGUCGAUGUCCGACUCACUCGACCAGUAUUCCUCUACCGUUCUGGGAUUGGGCUUCAACAGCACGAGUCGGAGUAAUAGCAGCGGCAGCAGCAGCAGGAGCAGCAGUGGCUGUGUGAGUAGGAGUCAUUCGUCGAACAGUCAUGGAAGCAGCACCUGCGAGCACCCCCGGGUGUCACUGUCCAACAACUUCUACGCUCAUCCAAGUCCCACGCCGCAGGUUCGCAUCCUAAGGAACGCCCACGCGCGGCGGAGGAGCACAAGUUCUGCGCCACCAGGGUGGGGGAUCUUCCGGUUGGGCAUCGCCAAGGCCCCCGAGAUCGAAUUAUACGACAUCAGGUCGCGAAGGUCGAACAGCGGCAGUGUCAGCGGCAGGAAGAGCAAUGCCGACGCCGAGGAUGCAAAGAAGGCUCUAAGAGGUACAAACCGUAGUACUUCAAAGAAUGCCGCAGAUGUCCAGAAGAAGGCAGCGUCCCAGGCCGCCGGGCGUGGGUUCAGCUGCAAGUGCUCCCCGGACGCGCUGGAGCCGGUCGCCAUACCGAAGCUGGGGGUCACAAAGAAGAAAAAGGAGCAGCAGACCACGCACAGGAAUAGAGGAGAAUUGAAUGGUUGAAGGGUCUCUCGACUGCAAAGGCAACAGGAAGAUGAGAUGCAUGGUGGUCAAAGAGCUGGUUUGACUCGUCCACCAUCUGGCUUCUCAUUUGCAUUGUCUUCUUUUUCUCUUCUUUCAUCUCUUGGAGUACUCCAAUGCAUAAACCUGCUCAACUUUGUAGAGCUUUUUGUUCUUCUUUUGUGUUUCUAAGUGGGAGGUAAUGAUAAGAGCGUGCCUUUUGCUCGAGAA